GAUCACACGCCGUAUUGUCAAUAAUAUUUUCAUCAUUGAACAUUGUUAUCCAUCGCGAUUUGUUAAUAUUGUUAUAGUGAACCCGAGGCGGUUCACCGUUUUACCGGUACAUAUUCUUAAAUUUCUCGAGUGAUCAUUUCGAGAUUUCGUUAACUUACGCGUUACGACUGUACGUUUGAAGCGGACGUCGUCAUACACCGAAAAAAUGUACCCAGUACCCAGCAUGGCAAAAAUGGCGUACUACGCGUGCAACAACAUCGAACGUGACAAGUUUGAAUUGCUGGACACACCUGACAUCGGUAUAAGAAAUUGUUGCGAGUCGCUGUUGGACUUAUUCAAAGCCGACAAAAUCCAAGACGAGCACAACGAUAGGCAGACAAUGUUCAGGCGGUCUCAGUUCGCCAUCAAUGACGAUAUGUUUAAACACAUAUGCGAGAAGGCAGUGUUCAACGGGCACAUCGAUUGCCUGAAACUAGCACACGAGAUUGGCGUCCCUUGGGAGACCGUGCCUGGAUGGACCAGUUUCAGAGGUAAGGCGUGUGAUCUGGCGGCGGGAUCAGGCAAUAUGGAAUGUCUAAGGUACGCCUUUGAAAACGGGUGCCCCUGGGACGAGUGUACGUGCAUCAACGCAGCGUCUAACGGUCACCUGGAGUGCCUGGCUUACGCACGGGAAAACGGGUGCCCUUGGGACGAGAAUACAUGCAGCAAUGCAGCGUCUAACGGUCAGCUGGAAUGCCUGAAAUACGCACGUAAAAACCGGUGCCCUUGGGACGAGCGUACGUGCAGCAGCGCAGCGUCUAACGGUCAGCUGGAGUGCCUGAAAUACGCACGGAAAAACGGGUGCCCCUGGAAUAAGCGUACGUGCAGCAGCGCAGCGUCUAACGGUCAGCUGGAGUGCCUGAAAUACGCACGGAAAAACGGGUGCCCCUGGAAUAAGCAUACGUGCAGCGACGCCGCGUUGAAUGGUCAACUGGAGUGCCUGAAACAUGCACGAGAAAACGGGUGCCCCUGGAAUAAGCGUACGUGCAGCGACGCCGCGUUGAAUGGUCAACUGGAGUGCCUGAAAUAUGCACGAGAAAACGGGUGCCCCUGGGACGAGCAUACGUGCAGCAGCGCUGCGUCUAACGGUCACCUGGAGUGCCUGAAAUAUGCAAGGGAAAAUUGGUGCCGCUGGGACGCGUUUACGUGCAUCAGAGCAACGGUUAAUGGUCGCCUGGAGUUCCUGAAAAACGCACGGGAAGACGGGUGCUGCUGGGACGGGCAUACGUGCAGCAACGCGGCGUUUAACGGUCACCUGGAGUGCCUGGAAUACACACGGGAAAACAUGCGCCCCUGGACGUGCAGCAGCGCAGCGUCUAACUGUCACCUGGCGAGCCUGAAAUACGCAUGAGAAGACGGGUGUUGCUGGGACGGGCAUACGUGCAGCAACGCAGCGUACCAUUACCAGUUUGAAUGUCUCGUGUACGCCUACGAGAGAGGGUGUAAGUGGGACGUUUUAAGUUUAUUUUAUAGGUCAAUAGACAGCCAAUCGAAAUUCGCUAAAUACGCCCGCGAAAUAUGGUCACGGGAGGCCCAUAGCGCUUUCGUAUCGUCGACGAUUGAACUCAAGUAAUAUCACAACAUUUUUUUUUACCCGUUUUUUUAUUAUGAAUUUAUGAUACGAGUUCUUUGCGAUCUUUGUAUAUAAAGCAAAUGUUUGAUAACUAAUAUAUUUUUAAAGUUGUACAAUACAUUUUUUUUUUUUUAAUGUA